AUGGAUAUAAUUCAAGAAUCACCAUCAUUAAUUACAGAAUUUCAUCUUGAUAAUCAAUCAUUUGAUUCAAAGACUAUCACUGUACAAACAAUCAAAGAGAUUCAAGGAGGUUUAAUAUUAAAGAAUGUAUUAACAAAUCAAGAAUGUGAUCUGAUUGUCAAUAGUAUAUUUAGUUCAGAUAAACAUGCUUCAUUACCCGUUCAACCUGUUUUAUUUAGAGGUUGGAGUGAUCAACCAAAUGAUGAAUAUAAGAAAUUGGGAAUUAGAGUAAUUAGAACAUCAGAAGAAUUGGCAAAUAUAUUAAGUGAAAGAAUUAAAGAACAUGUACCAAAACAAUUGUCAACACCAUCAUCCAAAGGUGAUAUUGAAUGGAACUAUAGUGGAUUGUCACAACGUCAUCGUUUUAUUCGUUAUGAUACAGACCAACAUUUUCCAACUCAUAUGGAUGGUCCUUACAACAAAACAGACUAUCAACGUAGUCAUAUUACAAUUCUCUUUUAUUUAAACGAUGAUUUCGAGGGAGGAGAAUUAAAUUUUGUAGAGGCAGAGACAAAUGAACAAAAUCAAAACAAAGUUUCUGAUGAAUACAAGACUAGUAAUAUUACUUCAAUCAGAGCUGAAAAGGGUAUGGUCGUUAUCUUUCCUCAUAAAAACCUUCAUACUAGUAGUCCAAUCAUCAAAGGUCACAAAUAUUUAAUUAGAAAUGAUUUAAUGUAUACAAUUAAUAGUUAA